AUGUCCGACCAUUCAAGUGUUCUUAAUACCCGCUCAAUAAAUCAGAAUAGUCAUGCGGAUACAGACAACAUCAAUGAGAAUGAAGAAGAAAUUAUUUUGCAACGUCAUCGUAAAGAUCGUCGAGAUUUACAAGCUCAAAUACAACAGAUGAAAAAACAAUUGAAUAAAAAUGAUAAACAACGAAAAAAAAAAUUAGAUGAAGAUAUCAAGAAAAUGGAAGAUGAUUUUGAUCAAAAAUGUCAAGAUGAAUUAAACGAAUAUAGGAACAGACAACAAACUGAAGUAUCAAAUAAUCUGUCAACUUUACAUUUAGACGAGCAUACGAAUCAUAUAGAAGAACAAGAAUCACAAGAACAAUAUAAAAAGUCUCGCAAACAACGUCGUUUAGAAAACAAAGAAAAAAAACGAGAAUUAGAUGUAUUAGCAUACGAUCCAAAAAAUGAUAUCGAAUCCCCAUUGGCUAUUAAACGUCGUCAAGAAACUGCGAUAAUCGAAAAGAAACUAAAUGAAAGGCAUUUAAGAAUAUAUCAAGUGACAUCGGAUGGAAAUUGUCUAUAUGCAGCCAUUGUAGAUCAAUUAAAACGUUCAAAUGACAAUGGACUGAAUGAAAAUAUAAGAAAUGUUCAACAAUUACGAGAACAUGUCUCCUCUCAUUUAUUAUCGAAUCGUUUAUUAUAUCAACCAUUUUUUCCUGAAGAUGAUGAUUAUGAUUUGUAUUGUAAAAAAAUUCGUCAUCAAAAUAUUUGGGGUGGUCAAAUUGAAUUACAAGCGUGCAGUAAAAUAUUAUCUCAACCAAUUGAAAUUGUACAAGAAACAGGACCACUUUUAACAAUUGGUGAAGAAUAUUCAAAUAAUAAACAACCUUUAAUUCUAACUUAUCAUCGAUAUAUGUACACAAAUGGAGAACAUUACAAUAGUACGAGACCGUUAAAAUUGAAAGAAAAUAAUGAACACGAUGAUGAUGAAGAAGAUAAAUGGGAACAAUGUGCAUUAUAUUCGUUAAAUCAAGUAACUGGUUCCUUAUGUGAUUCUUUGUGUUUUUCUGAAACAUUUGCAUUACAACAUUGUUUACAGUUAACAAACUCAAAAAUCAUUCUUUUAAUGAAAAAUGUUACGUCGAAUAACUAUUCUGUUAUAAAAUCUAAUCGUUUACAUUUUGAUCAUCAUCAUACCGAUUUACUUUUUCAUGAUGUCAUACAAUCGAUACCAAACGCUUUGCGAACAUUUCAUGAUAUCUUAAAUUUUACAUUGAAUAAACGUUUUGCUAUGCAAUUAAACUCAACCGAUCAUCAUACGAUUCGACGAAUAUAUCGACAUGAUAAUAUUAAAAAUAAAUUUUUAUUAUUAGAAGAUUUACAUCAAGUAUUGGAUAAAUACAAGGAUUAUUAUGAUCGAAGUUUAGCUUCUGAUUUAACGGUGGAGUUGAAUACUUUAUAUAGUCUAUUAGAUCAACAUGAAUUUUUAUUGGCAUAUUAUUAUCGUACGAAAAAAUCAAUGAUGCCACAUAUUUAUGGAUGGUGUGGUCAUUUAUAUCUCCAAGAAUAUUUGACACCGUUAAAUUCAAAACAGAUAGAAAAACAAAUGCAUAAAACAUGGUACAAACGAGUGUGGUUAGCCGAAAAAUUAUUAGAUUUAAUUGAUAAUAUUGAUAAUUCCUUGCAUCAAACAUUACAUUUUUGUGAUAUGAAAUUAGCUAAUUUGGGUUUAACUUUUGAUGGACAAGUGAAGUUAUUAGAUUUGGAUAUGGCUCAUUUCGAUCGUCACAUUCCAAUUGAAAUGAUGAAUUGUAGUACGCAUGAAGAUUGUUCUUAUUUUGAUUGCAGUGGUUAUUGUGAUAGAAAAACACAAAAAUGUCAUUCAAGAAGAAUUAAUAAUAAUUUACAGGUAUUAUGUGAGAAAAUAUUUUUAGCCCACAAGGAGAAUUUUGAUCAUGGGCUCUUGGAUGAUAUUCCAUUCCGAAUGAAUGAUGUAUUAACAAAGUAUUUGAAACAAUGUUCACUACCUGGUCGGUAUAAAACGACAUUAAUUCCAAAUGGUGCGCCGAUAAGUUUAAUGAGACUGAUGCAAGCAAUGUUUGAACAGGAAACAAGAAAUAUUUCUUAG